AUGUCUUCCAGUGUGUUCAAUUCCAAGCAUCACAAAUCUUCCCGCAAUUUGAAGAAGCUUCUGAUCUCUUCUCCAUUGCUUCUGUCUCCACUGAACUCUCCAACUACACCGCAAGUUUCAAGCUUUCGACCAUCCUCAGUUCCAGUUGUUGUGUUGAGAUCCAAAUACAACUUUUGCGCCCAGAACGCCACAGAGGUUUCCAUUCGCGCAAACGAUUACUUCAAGCUUUUGGAUAGACCUGGCAAUGGAUGGUUGAUGGUGCAAUGCAUCGACCGAAACGAAACCGGACUUAUUCCUGCUCUGUAUGUUGAAAUUGCCGUGAAUGACGCCAAAACACCUGUUUCCGUGGAGUGGCUCACUCAAGUGAAGACCCCUAGAUCUGCUAUUUUGGACGAAAUCAAGUCCAUUAAGGUUUCUUCGGUGUUACUAGAUGCUGGUAGCCAUGCAUGGUACAGAUUAGAUAUCCGUAUGUGCUCCGGCUCCGUUAAGUAUGUUGCCAAAUAUUACCAGGAUUUUUAUCUGUUGCAUGUGUGUCUUCUUGAAGAAUUUUACAAGUCUGUGAAGCUUCCAUCGCUUCCCAAGCCGUUGCGGACGCCAGGAAAAGCCGUUCCAGCCACUUGGGUCAACCCAUCCGAUAAAAGCCACAUGAAGGACUUGGUAACUCAAUGUGAAGAGCUCGACAAGUACAUGAACCUGCUCUUGAAGAUUCAAGACCUUCUACAGUGCGACACGUUGCUUGAUUUCGUCAAUGGCCACACAAACAAGUGCUACGAAGUGCCAAAAAAGAAAAACCAACCUUCUGAAGACACCAUCAACAACAACUUAUACCCACACUCACAAAACAUCAUUUCAAUUCUUAACCCACAGCGCAAGCUUUCGUUCUCACCAACGGCUCCAUUGCCUCCAGUGCAGAUGCCAGCUACCAGUUUGCCUAAGAGUACAUCUACCAUGAAACUCAUCAACUACUCCAAUACAAAGUACCUGUCGUACUUGAACCAAUCGGUCAGCCAGCCCACGUCCCCCACCCUUCCUUUGGAGUCCACCAUGACGUCUCCAACCAAAACACCUACUGGGAAAUGCAACAUAACUGAGUCUAAGAGUUGCCAGACACUCAGCAGUUUCACAUCAUUGUUUGCUAGUUACGACAUUUCUACAGAAGAGGAUGCGUCUUUGUCUCCGAGCCGGGCUGGACCUGGGGCGGCCACAUCGCCCCAAAGAAGACAUGACGUAUUCUUUCGGAGUACUGAAAGUUCCAACACAGAAGGAAGCUUCGACCUGGUGAUGUCCACGACGCACCAUUUCAGUAACAGCACAGAUUCGAUGCUGUCGAAUGGUUCGUACGUUAAGGGAGCGGGGUCAGAACCUCGCACGCCCACAAUGAACUUGAACUGUUUCGGUCCGGUAGAUGGUAUUACAGACAAUGAAUACGGGGAGGAGCCUGAUUACUUUCGGCCACUUGAGCCCAAAAUGCAUAAAGAAAUGGUGGCCUGGACUACCAAGCACUACGAGUACCCUGUCGGGGACAAUAUGCACAGUGAUGGAACUCACAAUAGAUGGGAGAUCUUGCCUAAGAACCCAGCAAGACAGGCGAAUAACAUAUAA